UGCAGGAAAUCAACGUGUUCGGUCUAAAUUAAUAAAACUACUUUAUUCUUCAUCAAUCCAUGCAAGCAAUCGUUUAUAUUUAGAAAAGGUGCAGGAAAUCAAGGUGUUCUUUCAGCCGCCGGCCAAGAUUUUAAAGAGGCGCUAUCCGCCAAUGCAUUCAAAAAUCGAGAUGCCCAGACAGUCAAUCCACAAAACAAAUUUCCAGUCAAAAGUUCACCGUGGAUUUUGAUUGCUCUUAAUGGCGAUCAUAUAAAAAGAAAGCAGCCCAAAAAAUUUAUACUCCCACCACCCUUUCGCCUAUAAAUACUAUCAACAGUCACCAACCUCUGAUACACACAAUCCCAAGAUUACAGCUUUGAUUCAGAGCUACCGUUAUGUUUGUGCAGAGUUGCAGAACCCAUAUGGAAGCCGCAGCGGCGACCGGCGGCGCCGGUCGUAGUGGGUCAUUUGCCAGGACCCUCCCUGUGGUCACGCCAUUAAAGUUUCCUGGAGCAUUUGGCAGAAACAGUCGUGGGUCUAUGUUUUUCUCGCGCGCAGUCCAUCAUGGCGGUGGGCAACGGAAAAAAAUGACAGUGGCGGCGGGGGCUGAGCUUCACCCAAUGGAAAGGCAAUGGCAUGGCGGCGCUGAGCCGCCAGAAGACGAUGUGCUGAGGGAAGAGUGUGGCGUGGCGGGGCUUUACGGUGAACCAGAGGCGGCGAGGCUUUGUUGCCUCGCCUUGCAUGCUUUACAGCACCGUGGGCAGGAAGGCGCUGGGAUCGUAACUGCCCCGGCUGGGGACAACGAUUCCGGGGCUUUGAAUUCCGUCACAGGGCUCGGCCUGGUCUCGGAAGUCUUCAAUGAAACGAACCUCGGCCUCCUUGUGGGCAACAGUGCCAUUGGCCAUGUACGCUACGCAACUUCUGGGGCCUCUGUUCAACACAAUGUUCAGCCUUUCGUGGCGAGCUACCGAUUUGGGUCCGUUGCAGUGGCGCACAACGGUAACCUCGUGAAUUACAAACACCUGCGCUCCGAGCUCGAGUCCCGUGGCUCAAUCUUUAGCACCACUUCUGACACUGAAGUUAUACUUCAUCUCAUUGCGCAGUCGAAAGCCGCUUCCUUUGUUUUAAAGCUUGUGGAAGCCCUGGAGCAGCUUCAGGGUGCAUUUUCGCUUGUGUUUCUGACAAAGAACAAGCUAGUAGGAGCGCGGGACCCGCAUGGAUUUCGGCCCCUGGUCAUGGGAAGGCGAGCCAAUGGUGCUGUCGUUUUUGCUUCGGAGACUUGUGCUUUGGACCUCAUUGAGGCCUCAUAUGAGCGUGAAGUCUUUCCCGGGGAAAUCAUCGUUGUGGACGAGAGUGGCAUCAGUACAAUGUGUAUGAUGCCGCAGAAGCCUCGGAAGGCCUGUGUUUUUGAGCACAUUUAUUUUUCACUCCCAAGCUCGGUCGUAUUCGGGAGGUCUGUGUAUGACUCAAGGUUUUCUUUUGGGCAGAUUUUGGCGCAGGAGUCCCCUGUGGAGUGUGAUCUUGUAACUGCAGUACCAGAUUCCGGCAUGGUUGCAGCACUUGGGUAUGCUAGCAAGGCCAAUGUGCCCUUCCAGCAGGGGCUGAUAAGGUCUCAUUAUGUGGGUAGGACCUUCAUUGAGCCUUCCCAGAAGAUUAGGGACUUCGGCGUGAAGUUAAAGUUGUCCCCUGUUGAGGCAGUGUUGAAGGGCAAAAGGGUAGUUGUAGUUGAUGACUCUAUUGUGAGGGGUACUACUAGUUCUAAAAUUGUGAGAAUGAUCAGAGAAGCAGGGGCAACGGAGGUUCAUGUGAGGAUAGCCUGUCCUCCAAUAAUUGGGUCUUGUUAUUAUGGUGUAGACACCCCAAGGAAAGAGGAACUGAUAUCCCACAGGCUGAGUGUUGAAGAUACUUGCAAGUUUAUAGGUGCAGAUUCUCUGGCUUUCUUGCCACUCCACAGUCUCAGAGGGAUGCUGAGAGACGAGGCGCCAUCCUUUUGUGAUGCAUGCUUUUCUCACGCCUAUCCUGUGCCGCCGCUUGAUAUCUUGAACCCAGAGCCUAAAAAUGCAGAGGAAGACAUUCUCAAUGAACCUGUCUGUGUUUCAUAACAGUGGAGAAGAAAUGUACCAGUUUUGAAUAUGUUUGGAAGUUCGACCCAAAUGGUUUGAACCUCGGUUUGAACAAUUCGUUUACAGUUGGAUUCAAGGAAACUAGGUAGUGGCUGGACAUAGGAGCUCAGUUGGAUUUUCUUCUUCAUGAUCAAAUACUCAACUAGCAGCAAAGUUCAAACUCACUUUGGUGCUGAAGAAUGGCUUCUCUUCUUGCAAAUGCCUCUUUCAGAAUUAACAUUAUUAUCAAUUCAACGCAAUGGAGGCAACCACUAAAAAGAUUUAACAUUUUACAACAGCCUGUGAAGCAACGGAGGCAACCAUUAAAAAGAUGGAACCCUGCACAACAGAGUGUAGGGCAAUGGAAGGGCAUAGCUUAAUAUAGCUAAGAGCACAUUUAUAUGGAAGGAAUAUAAUAUGGAGAAUUGGUAAAAUACGUGCACCCAACCCCCCUGCCAUAUAAUAAGAAAGCAUCACAAAAUGCGCAUUCCUAGAAAAAAAGAUCAAUUCAGUUUGCCUACGAAGCUGGUUUGUUACAACUGUGGAAUGAUAUAUAUAUAUUUUUUGGUCACAGCAGAUUUUGGCUGCUCUGCAAGUUUUAAAAUGUUAUAGGGUUUUGUACCUUUUUAA